AUGCCUUACGCCGACAUCACCAAGCCUCCCAAGCCCCUGCCUCAAAACCAUCUGGAGGCUGUGGGGAAGGGCAUUUCUCUGCUUCUACCACUGUCACGGCGAGGAACUGGCCCCGGCCUCAUCCUGCUUGUGCCCUCCCUUGACAAAGCGCUCGAUAUCGAAGAAGGAGUACCCUCUUUGCCAGUAAAAUGGGCUGAAGAGGGGUACACCGUUGUGGCUAUUGAGCAGGGAGCGAUGAAAGGAAACGCCUUGGAGGCUUUGCAGGCGGCAACAAUAGCUCUCAAAGGCAGCGAUAAAUGCGAACCCAAAGACGUAGUGGGUCUUGCUGCGUAUGAUCCAGAAAUGUGGAACUCGAUUGCAACAUCAAUCUCAGACUUCCCCGAGAUCGUCAGUGCCGUGGUCUAUGCGAACAGCUCCGACAAGAAGUCUCUAGCCCCAUCGCCGGUACCUGUGGCAUUCCACUUUGCUGGGAAGUCCGAAGGGGAUGCUGAGCGCUCAAGCACCCGCAUGGAGUACUUCUACCCAGCAGCAAAGUCUCACAAGUUUGCGACGCCGUUUCAGGACCAUUUCCACUACAACACCGAGGCCCUCUCUCAUACCCGCAAUCUCACGCUUUUAAAAGGGCAGAUGAAGAGCCCGAUAUUUGAUUUGGAGGCCAUUUGGGAUGAACACACGUGGUAUGAGUUUGCGGAUAGAUCAGUAGAGCACACCAUGAGCACAAUGGUGCAAGAGCCAUACGUGAACCACGUUCCCACACUCACCGGUGGUGUCGGUCGCGGCCCGCUCACCGAUUUCUACCGCCACAACUUCAUCUUCAACAACUCAGCAGACACCGAGCUUGAGCUCAUCAGCCGGACGAUUGGCAUCGACCGCGUGGUAGAUGAGUUCAUCUUCAAAUUCACCCACGAACAGGAGAUUGACUGGCUACUGCCCGGAGUUCCUCCGACGGGUCGCUCAGCAGAGAUACCUUUCUCGGCGGUCGUCAACAUCCGCGGAGAUCGGUUGUACCACGAACACAUCAGCUGGGAUCAAGGGACGGCGUUGACGCAACUCGGGCUUCUGCCAGAGUAUCUUCCGUUUCCUGGCGGAGAGCUGGAGUACCGGGUUCCCGUCGCAGGGCUGGAGACGGCGAUGAAGUUGAGAUCUCGCCACUCGGUGCAGUCAAACGAGAUGUUCAACUUCAAGACGAGGAGCCAGAAGGGCUCUGCACAGCCAUAG